GAUGUCUUUUUCUGCGGCAGAAGCGCUAGCUUUGGCGGCUUAUUUGUGAGCAGAGACACUAAUUAAGCUUCGUGGAACAUUUUGUGCCAAGUUGAAAUAUAAACGGAACAUGCCCAUUUUAGUAAAAACGCACAGCUCGCAGCAAACACCCGAAUGGGCGAUAAUUGAAUUGCAGGGCGAUCUGGAAGUCCGCUCCAACCAGGAUAUGCACGACCAGUUCAUUGGCGAUCUUUCCUAUAACAAAUACGGACAGCCGAUACUCAUCAUUGGCCACCACAUAUUGCAAGGACGCGAACAAAAAUUGGAUAAGCCCUUUGCUGUGUUGGAAAAGUCCAAGACCAAUGAGGGUCAGCAGUUGUUGGCCAACGUUGAUGCCACAUUAGACGCCACCACUUUAAAUACGACAGGCGCUGAGCGCACUUUGCUGGACAAUACGGUGGCGUUGGAGCACAAGAGUCGCCAACGUACAGAAUACACUGUACGCGCUAUAUGUACGAAGAAGCUGAUAUUCAAAUCAAGGCCCAAGCCCAUUAUAGCCAAUGUGGCCAAAAGCGUUUAGUUUCAGUUGUGUGUACAUAAUUGUUUUAUUUUUUAAGUAUACAAAUGUGGAUAGUUGAGUGAUCUUAGAAUAAAUGUAAAAUAUAAUGGAA